GAGAGGCGGAGGUGGGGAGCCGAGAGCUGUAGAGUUGGAGAAGCCGGAGGCAGCCUGGGCAGAGCCGACCCGACGCUGGUGAGGAGGCGUGUAGGACGAGGAAGCCACCGGCGCUGGAGAGUCAGACCCCCGGGACAGUCCCGAUCUCUGGGUACUCAGGGAGCAGCUCUCCAGCCUCUGCUUCGGAACCUAUGGAUUCUCCGUCUAGCGUUUCUUCCUGUUCGUCCUAUUCUCUGUCUUCCUCUUUUUCCACCUCCCCAGUGAACAGUGACUUUGGAUUCCCCUCCGAUAGUGAGGGGAAGGACAAGGGGGCCCAUAGACCCAGGCCAGACACUGUGGGGCAGAGGGGAGGCUCUCGGCCCCGGCCCGGUCCUGUCCGCCGCAGGCAACGUCCCAAGGUUUCCCGAAAACAGCAUACCUCUCACUUGGAACAGCGGGGCUCGGCCUCUCCUCUGGCAGGAUCAGGGGUCAAAAGAUCAAGAGAUGGUGAAUUACAGAAAACUGUAAACAUCCAGGGCUGUGUCACAGAAGGAGACCUGCUUUUUGCGCAGAAGUGUAAAGAGCUCCAAGGUUUCAUCCUCCCUCUCACAAACCUACUGGAUGGGCUGAAGAUGGGUCGAUUUGAGAGAGGACUGAGCAGUUUCCAGCAGAGUGUGGCAAUGGACAGGAUCCAGCGUAUUGUGGGUGUUUUGCAGAAGCCCCAGAUGGGGGAGCGUUACCUAGGAACCUUGCUCCAGGUGGAAGGGAUGUUAAAGACUUGGUUUCCUCAUAUAGCGGCUCAGGAGUCACCCUUGGGUAAAGGCAGGCACGUGCUGACCAGGCAUUUUCCAAGCCACCACGGUUAUCCUGCUCCUUCCUCUCCGGCAUCUCCCAUGGGAAAGAUGGACCAGACACAGCUAGGACAUCUAGUGUUGAAAUCAAAGCAGCCUUGGCGCCUCAUGGAGUGGCCAGCUGUGCACCUCACUUGGACUCACACCACCCCGAUUUGCAACCCCCCUCUCGGCUCCCCAGGUAGCCUUUCCCUUAGUCAGGGACCUUUAGGCACUGGAGCCAGCUUCGGUGUUAUCCUUGUCGUCCAGCAUGGCACACAGCCCUUCACCCACUCCGCCCCAACCACUCCAGUUCUGCCUACUAUAGCAUCUCCUGUCAUCCCCAGUGAUCCCAAGAAACUCUCGGGAGGGGGACCUCAUUGCCACAGUUUGCCAGUGAGUCUGCCAUUGGACCGGAGCUGUACCCCAUCCCAUCCUGGUCCACCCGCUGUGGCCAGAGCGAUGACCGUGGGACCUCUCCAGCAGAUGAGAAGCCAUCCUUCGGUUGCUCCCAAUGUCCAUUCUCUCAACCCCUAACCUAGGACUUGAGACUGUGGUUUCUAAUUUGUGUAAAUAUAGGUCUCAUAUAUAUUUUUUACUUUUAAUGUGUGCAUUUGUGUUGAGGGAAGAGAAAUCCUUUUUGAUUAAAGACAUUUUAUACCUAAA